AGUUGUUGCUGAGGAGGUUCCGCUGUUCAGCACUGUUGAAACUGGCAUGCAUUCUACGCUUUGGUCGAAGAGCAGGAGACUGCACUGCUUUUGAAAAUGUUACCUUUCUCCCAGCGGAGUUACCUCACACAGCAAAGCAAUAUCGCGAUAUGCCAUCUUCUGUGCAUAAUUUCAGGUGCAUGGUGCAGUCAGGUGGUGGUGCCUAAGAGGGUGAGUGCCGUGCUGGGAAAGAAUGUGACAUUAGAGUGCAGGGUGGAGGUUGGCACAAACCUCACUCUUACUCAGAGUUCUUGGGAGCGCCGUCUUCCUUCAGGCUCUGUCACAGUGGCUGUGUACAACCCACAGUUUGGCACUUCCAUCCCUCCAGAGUAUAUCAACCGUCUGUAUUUCCGGUCGCCGUCCUCCCAUGAUGCUACCAUUGUACUGGAAAAUGUGGGAUUUUCUGACAUCGGGAUCUACACCUGUAAGGUGGCUACAUUUCCUCUGGGAAACACCCAAGCCUCCACCACUGUCAAUGUACUUGUUGAGCCAAAGGUAUACGUGUCUGCUGGUUCAACCGCCCUGAUCGAUGGUGGCAAUGAAACUGUGGUGGCCACCUGCAUCGCAGAACGAGCACGGCCCCCUGCUGAGGUGUCGUGGGAGUCCAACCUUUUUGGCCAGUCAGAAGUGCAGCUUUUUGAUGAUGUCAAUGGCACAAUCAGCACACAAGUGCGCUACAUCUGGCAGCCCACACGUCACGUCCAGGGCCACGCACUCACUUGUGUGGUCCGCCAUCCUGCUCUGCAGAGUGACUUCAGGAUCCCCUACCAGCUCAAUGUGCAGUUUGCUCCUGAUAUCUCGGUUUUGGGGUAUGAUGGAGACUGGUAUGUUGGCCGUGAAAAUGUUCAAAUGACAUGCAAAGGCAAUGCAAACCCUCCAGCUCAUCACUUUCGGUGGAUCAGAUUGGACAGUGAAAUGCCGGAAGGGGUUGAAGUUAUAAACAGCACUUUGCUCUUCCUGCGCCCCCUCCAACGAAAUGACUCGGGAGUUUACAGGUGUGAGGUUGCCAAUGACAUCAACCUCCGCAGUCGGGAUGUGCGCAUUCUCAUACAAGAUCCUCCCAUCAUGCCUUCCACCAUUACCGCUCCUGUCCUAACCGGCCCUUCCUCCUCCACCUUUGUGGUCGAUAAGAACCUUGUCCUUCUGAGCUCCCCCACACUCGAAGCCCUGCCUGAAAGUAACCUUGGUUCCAUUGUGGGUGGGGCUGUGGGAGGGGCCUUGUUCCUGCUACUGCUGUUGUCUCUGGUUGGCGUAUGUUACCUACGGAAACAGCAGUCUUUUCAUGGCAACUACUACACCAAGCAGUGCCUGGGUCCCAAUGAUCUCCAAAAGGCCCAGACACAGCAUGAACUGCGUCCUACCAAAUCUGGCAGCAACUCUUGCAGUCGGGACCACGAUCGAGAGGAGUGGGGCGACCGUGAGCUGAAACAUGAACGCGACCGUCGUCAACAUAGAAACUACAACGGAGAAGAGUAUCCCAUUAAUGGGUACACAAGAGCCAUGAGGGAGAGCGGUCGCCAGCAACAGAAUCAUCAUCAUGAACACAAGCAGUAUUCUAGUCCACAGCCGGCCAGAUGUAGCCGGUACCCUCACCCGCCUAAACCACGAGGAAACGACUCCCCCUACCUGUCAGAGGACUGCUACAAUAGUGGGGCUGAGGGGGAUUAUGUGUCUCACACAGAUGGCUCCGUCAUCUCACGUAGGGAGUGGUAUGUUUGACAAGCUACAAGAUUCUGCAGGGGCAGAGCAACAAGGGUUUUGUUUAUUGAAUAUAAAAAAAAAAACAAUUUUUUUUUCUCCUGUGUUCACACACACCUCAACUAGGCUAGUUUGUUUUUUUUUCUGUCCAAGGGUUCGGGUUGACGCUUGAGACAGGAUGUUUGUACUCUGUCCACAUCAAAAACAGACUGUUUAACUAGUUUGUUGGCCUACACAAGUAACUCGUUAGUACUUUGUGUGCGCGUGUGUACGUGUAGAAAUGAAUGGAAAAAUUACUGUAUGUGCUGUUGCUGCCUUACUACAUGGACUUGCACAGUUAAUUUAGCAUCACUUGGGUUUUGAAUUGAGGCCCUGACAGCUUCCAGAUGACUGUUGGGUAUCUUUUUUUUUUUUUUAGUUUCUACAAAAUCAAUGUUUUUGGUUAUGUGAAGUUGGUGAUUGCUCAUUGCACACCAACCCACCAAACUUUGUUUGAAAUUAUGGAUUUACUUCAUAAAAUUCUUCUGAAAACUUCAGGAGGGUUCCUAUAAUUCUACAUAUUUUUUUUAGUUUUUUUUAGAUUUUUU